CCCGCCCGCUGCCGGCUCACGAGUCACGGGCGAACCGAAUUGCAGGCUCAGUGCGCGAGCAAGCGUGAUACGGAAUGAACGUGUGGUGCGUUUUGCGCGGACGUUGACACUGCGAUUCAUUUUUAACUUGCGACUUAUGCAGCCAGAAUUAUAGACGUUUUGGAGUAUAAAGUUGGACAAAUAAAAAGUUUUUAUUGUCUAAAGUUUACUUCGAUGCAGUUCGCGCAGAGUUUUGACCAAUAUUUGUGAAUUUCCGUAUAGACGCGAAAAAAGUGAAGAUAUUUCGAAACAAAGGACUGUUUUGUACAUUUUCGCAUUGCUUGCGAAAUUGUGUUCAAAAAUUUUAUAACUGGCUCAAUUGUGGAUAAAAAAAAACAUCGCCCCCAGCCAACUAGUUCGGAGUCAAUCUGUGGUCACCGAACGAAAAAACAAAAACGCGUCGAUUUAAUAACAUUUAAUACACCAGUAGUAUUUACAACGGUUUUCUAAAAAUUCUUGUUGAUAAUAUCGUGAACUUUUCAAACUUGCUUAAAUUAUAGUGAGUCUGCCCUAAAAUCGUGCAUAAGUGAAUUAAUUGCACGUUACAAAACGUAAAACAAGCAUUUAAAACCUGGAUCUUAACUAGUGUCGAGUUGAUUCUACAUAAUGUCUACUGCCAUAAUGCAUCAGUCUGCGCUGUACUUUGGUGAUCUGUUCUUGAAGGUGAGCCCCGACUAUCUGGUUGAUGAUGGAGUAUUGAACUCUAACCAAACUCGCCCAGUGCAGACGAUGAAUACUACACUGAGCAGCGCGCUCGGUCCCGUUGGCACCAACAACGCUUCUACCGAUGGCUGGGAUCAGCAUCCUGUACUUGCACGAGCUGCGUCAGUUCCAGCACAACGUGCUCUAGCUGGUUUGUUAACCAGUCUGGGCCAUCGGCGCCUUGAACGUACGACAAGUGACCCAGCACCCCCACCACCUGCUACUAGCAGAUACAAGACGGAACUUUGUCGACCAUUUGAAGAAGCGGGUGUUUGCAAGUAUGGUGAUAAAUGCCAAUUUGCUCAUGGAGUGCGUGAACUUCGCAACCUUCAGCGUCAUCCUAAAUACAAGACAGAGCUUUGCCGCACGUUCCACUCCGUAGGAUUUUGUCCAUACGGACCUCGGUGCCACUUCGUCCACAACGCCGAAGAAGCGAGACGCCGUGAACCAACAUCUCCUGGUGGAUCCCUGGCAUCAUUGUCCUCCGGAGGCUCGCUCGCGUCAUAUAUGAGUGAUGGAUCCCGCUCUCCUAGAUCACCCCACUCGCCGCUAACUCCACAGUCUCCAAUGGCACCGCAUUCGCCACCAGCAAUGUCGCCACCCGCGCACGCCACUUCCUUUGCUUUUCGCCGUGCGCAGUCACCCGAACCAGAAGAGGAACGGCUGCCUGUGUUCAACCGCCUCUCUUCCGCUUUUGGCGAUAUCGUGAUCGCUUAAGUUUAAGCGGUCACCUAGUCCUAAGUUAACAAACCGAGCGUAGCGUAUAAGGAUCGUCCGUCAACUUAGUGCCUAUUCGACGUCUUCCAGACCGCGCCCGAGCGCCGUCCCGCUCGUCGCGCCUCGCGCCCACACCCGCUCAACGAAUGAUCUCCAGUUUAUCGACGCUCUUACUACUUCGCCCUGUAAUAUUGUAAAGAUAAUGAAGUGUUCACUGGCGUCUCGAAAGUUUGCGGUGUGAAUAUAUUAGAUAUACAUCAUUUUUAAUUAUCGGCACGCACUUGUAAAUGGCACCUUAUAUUAUUAGAUAUUUAUUGUGUAGCUCGCGGAAGUCUUCCCGAUGCGAUCCUC